AUGCGCGCGUUCAAGGAUGAUGUCACAUCCGUCGCCGCCAGCGGCCACGAGAUUUUGGGGGGCUCCGUGGACGGCACGCUGCGGCGCUUCGACAUCCGCGUCGGCCGCGCGUACUGCGACGACGUGCGUCACCCGGUGACGUCAGCGGUGUUUUCUGGUGACGGGCUUUGCCUGCUGGCGGCGUGCUUGGACAGUACGCUGAGGCUCAUAGACAAGGCCACAGGGGAGCUGCUGGCCAGCUACCGGGGCCACACCCACACGGGCGUCAAGAUGGGCUGUGCCCUGAUGCCGGGUGACGCUUUCGUGGUCGGCGCCAGUGAGGACGGCCGCCUGUGCUACUGGGAGCUGGUGGACGCGCAGCUUCUGCUCAGCUUCCAGGCCCACCGCGGCCCCGUGUGCGGCGUCGCCGCGCACCCAAAGGGCACGUGUGUGCUGACCGCCGGGGUCGAUGGCGUUGUGAAGGUCUGGAUGCACUCCAAUGCCCCUGUGCUGCGGUUCUAA